GGCAGGGCGCUUGGUUGGAGCGGCGCGGCCCGUGGAAGGUCCGGGAAAGUUUGUGUGGAGGUCCAGCCGAGCGGCCAUGUCCCAGGGCCCCAGGCAGGCCGUCCCGCCCGCGGGCAGCAGGGCUCCGGGCCCCCACGGCUUUGUGGUUCCGGUCAAGCAGGAGCGUGACCCUCGGCCGGGAGAGAAGGGGCCUGCUGAGGAGGAGCCCGUCAAGAAGCGCGGCUGGCCCAAGGGCAAGAAGCGGAAGAAGGUGCUGCCCAAUGGGCCCAAGGCGCCGGUCACCGGCUACGUGCGCUUCCUCAACGAGCGGCGGGAGCAGAUCCGCACGCGCCACCCCGACCUGCCCUUUCCCGAGAUCACCAAGAUGCUGGGCGCCGAGUGGAGCAAGCUGCAGCCGGCCGAGAAGCAGCGGUACCUGGACGAGGCGGAGCGGGAGAAGCAGCAGUACAUGAAGGAGCUGCGCGCCUACCAGCAGUCAGAGGCCUACAAGGUGUGCGCCGAGCGGCUGCAGGAGAAGAAAAUCAAGAGAGAGGACUCGGGCUCCCCCGGCCUCCUCAGCGCGGUGCUCAAUGGACACAAGCCCGGGGACUGCGAUGGGCUGUCCACGUUCGAUGUGCCCAUCUUCACCGAGGAGUUUCUGGACCAAAACAAAGCGCGCGAGGCUGAGCUGCGGCGCCUGCGCAAGAUGAACGUGGCCUUCGAGGAGCAGAACGCGGUGCUGCAGCGGCACACGCAGAGCAUGAGCAGCGCGCGGGAGCGCCUGGAGCAGGAGCUGGCGCUGGAGGAGCGGCGCACGCUGGCACUGCAGCAGCAACUGCAGGCCGUGCGCCAGGCGCUCACCGCCAGCUUCGCCGCGCUGCCCGUGCCCGGCACGGGCGAGACGCCCACGCUGGGCACCCUUGACCUGUACAUGGCACGGCUGCACGGUGCCAUUGAGCGUGACCCCACGCGCCACGAGGCCCUCAUUGCCCGCAUCAAAGAGAUCCUGGCUCAGGUGGCCAGCGAGCACCUGUGAAGGGGAACCUGGGGCAGCCCCUUCCCACAGCCGCCCACGGAGCAGAGGCUGCGGUCUGCUGUGGGGGUCCGCUACGGGGACCAGGCCCCGUCCUGCACCUUGGGGCUCCAGCCCCCCGAGACUAAGCUCCCCCCAGGCACCGGUUCCUGGGUCACCUGACGGGGCAGGGGGUGGAGGGGGCACACGAGUGCCCACCCCCAGGCGGGGACAGGGGGCUCGCUCUGGCUGUGCCUCCCUGGCACCUGGAGGACUCCGCCUUCCUCACCCUGGGGUGCCCACCGGGAGUGGGGGUGCUGGUGCUGACGGGGCGACGGGCUCCACCCACUGCGCAAUAAAGCUGUGGGCAUUU